CUCCAUGCCCAGGGUUUCAGUGGUACUGCUGGCCGCACCAGUAGUCUGACCCACCCCGGGACCCAGUUCAGCACCAAGGACCGAGACAACGACCGCUGCUCCUGCAAGUGUUCCCAGAUGGCUUCUGGAGGUACAGGCUCUGAGCUGUGAUUGGUCCAUCAAAUCCCUCUCUAUCUUUUCAUUAACCAGGUUUCCAUCCAAAUGUUUUACGCUAGUAAAGUACGUGUUGGAUAAAAAAAAUGUAAUGACAGGCCUGAUGGAAACAGAACAUUUGUCGGUAAACAUUCCAAAUGUCGACAAAACUAAAUAAGCUAGACAAGGUGGGAUAUUUUUUUGUUGGUAAAAUGAAUUAUGCGAGAAAUUUCGGUGGAAGCGCUUUUAUGCAGAAAUAUUGAUUUAAUAACCAUCAUAUCGAAGUAAACUUGGAGUCACACGAUGAUAUGUUGUGUGGUCCCUCCCACUACUACUCAGGGAAUCCAUGCAGUUUAUUAGGCUACAGAUUAAAUAAGUUAUGAUGAACUUCACAGGGUGGUGAAAGUACACAGUGAUGAGCUUGAUGCUCCUUUCCAAUAAAUAUCCAGGGUCUUAUUCUGGUGACAUCAUCAUCAUCGAUGCUUGGCUGCUGUUUGCCCGAAAAAAAAAAAAAAACGAACUAUUUUGUGAUGGAAACCCAUUUAACAAUGCAUUUUUCAUUCGGUUCAUUGGAAUUUAACCGCAAAUUGUAUUUUUAUGUGCACUAAGUCAUCACGCACAGUCUUUUAUCCACAACAAGUCAAUUUGAUGGAAUCACAUCUCUGGUGGAAAAAUGUGCAUGUAUGUUUUAAUGCGGAUUUGAGAAUAUUUACAUGUCAAUCUGUCGCCUAUUGGAUGGAAACCUAGCUAGUCUCUUUCCUUAUCCACAACCAUCCUACCUAAUACGAUCUAUAUCUAUUCACUUUUUUCUGGUUGGACUUUCUUUUUCAUCCUUUGUUUUGGUUCCCCAUCCCCUAUUUGUUUUUGUGAAGUUGUACAUGAACAUGAAAUGGCUUAGUAUGACCUUUGACCUUUUCCUCUUUGGUCCAUUCUCUCUCCACUAGUUUGGUGGUUUGAGGCGUGUGUUCCAUCUGCCCUCUCUCUUCCUGACCCCUGAUCUCUAACCCCUGACCUCUACCCUCUCCACUAGGUUGGUGGUUUGAGGCGUGUGGUCCCUCUGCCCUCUCUCUUCCUGACCCCUGACCUCUCCCCUCUCCACUAGGUUGGUGGUUUGAGGCGUGUGUUCCAUCUGCCCUCUCUCUUCCUGACCCCUGACCUCUACCCUCUCCACUAGGUUGGUGGUUUGAGGCGUGUGGUCCAUCUGCCCUCUCUCUUCCUGACCCCUGACCUCUCCCCUCUCCACUAGGUCGGUGGUUUGAGGCGUGUGGUCCAUCUGCCCUCUCUCUUCCUGACCCCUGACCUCUACCCUCUCCACUAGGUUGGUGGUUUGAGGCGUGUGUUCCAUCUGCCCUCUCUCUUCCUGACCCCUGAUCUCUAACCCCUGACCUCUACCCUCUCCACUAGGUUGGUGGUUUGAGGCGUGUGGUCCAUCUGCCCUCUCUCUUCCUGACCCCUGACCUCUACCCUCUCCACUAGGUUGGUGGUUUGAGGCGUGUGUUCCAUCUGCCCUCUCUCUUCCUGACCCCUGACCUCUACCCUCUCCACUAGGUUGGUGGUUUGAGGCGUGUGGUCCCUCUGCCCUCUCUCUUCCUGACCCCUGACCUCUCCCCUCUCCACUAGUUUGGUGGUUUGAGGCGUGUGUUCCCUCUCCCUCUCUCUUCCUGACCCUGACCUCUCCCCUCUCCACUAGGUUGGUGGUUUGAGGCUGUGUUCCAUCUGCCCUCCUCUCUUCCUGACCCCUGACCUCUACCUCUCCACUAGGUUGGUGGUUUGAGGCGUGUGUUCCAUCUGCCCUCUCUCUCCUACCCCUGACCUCUACCCUCUCCACUAGUUGGUGUUUGAGGCGUGUGGUCCAUCUGCCCUCUCUCUUCCUGACCCCGAUCUCUAACCCCUGACUCUACCCUCUCCACUAGGUUGGUGGUUUGAGGCGUGUGUUCCAUCUGCCCCUCUCUUCCUGACCUGACCUCUACCCUCUCCACUAGGUUGGUGGUUUGAGGCGUGUGUCCAUCUGCCCUCUCUCUUCCUACCUGACCUUACCCUCUACCCUCCACUAGGUUGGUGGUUUGAGCGUGUGUUCCAUCUGCCCUCUCUCUUCCUGACCCUGACCUCUACCUCUCCACUAGGUUGGUGGUUUGAGGCGUGUGUUCCAUCUGCCCUCUCCUUCCUGACCCUGACUCUACCUCUCCACUAGGUUGGUGGUUUGAGGCGUUGUUCCAUCUGCCCUCUCUCUCCUGACCCUGACCUCUACCCUCUCCACUAGGUUGGUGGUUUGAGGCGUGUGGUCCAUCUGCCCUCUCUCUUCCUGACCCCUGAUCUCUAACCCCUUGACCUCUCCCCUCUCCACUAGGUUGGUGGUUUGAGGCGUGUGUUCCAUCUGCCCUCUCUCUUCCUGACCCCUGAUCUCUACCCUCUCCACUAGGUUGGUGGUUUGAGGCGUGUGGUCCCUCCAACCUGAACCGUAUCUACUACGCUGGCGUCUCCAACGUGGUCCGCUACAACGGCAUCAAGUGGUACUACUGGAAAGGACCCAGCUUCAUGGCUACCAUGACUACCAUGAUGGUUCGACCCGCAGGCUUC